AAUAGACUGACGUCACGAUUUUACUGAUAUUGUCCGACCUUGAAGCUACGUAUAUAAACUCGCUGUACAAACACACUGAACCAUUGUUUUAUCUAGACAUCAUUUGAGAUAGCAGAAGUUAUGAAACUUUUAAUUGCCUUCGCCCUGGUUGUCCUUGCUGUGUACAGCAUAGACGCUUGCACACAUCACGACGAUUGUAACUCAUAUGGAUCGAGUUGUCCGACGGGCCAUUUCACUUGCAUUCUCCGCCAAUGCCAUUGUACCAUGGGAAGUACAGGUGAUUCUUGCACUGACUCAGGUGACUGCCCUGAUUGUCAUGACAGAUUUUUGUCUAAACAUUGCGUCGACGGCGGCUGCCGAUGUACCAUCCAUUUAGGCGGCAUUGGUGGAAUUGGCAAAUAAUCUGAUGUUUCAUUUUAAUUGUAAAAAAUAUUUGUAGCUGCAUGCUUUCAAAUAAAUUUGAAAAAUAAG